AUUACCGCCAUCCUCCCCUUGAAGAGUGGGGCGGGUACGUGGCUGUGCUCAGGAUUGCCUUGUCAUUGUAUCCAGAGAGAAACGCGUGGUCAGCGGCAGCCACCACCAGCUCCACAGCGGCGACGUAACUGGUGGCGUUUAAAGUUGGACUUUGAACCAGAAAUGGAUACUGAGAAGAGUGGUGAGGUUUUAGGUGCGUCAGAGACUCCACAGCAAGAGGAGACUGCAGUGGAAAAAGAGGCUGUGGAGACGCCAGUGGAAUCCACAGAGCCUGAGAAGUCACCAGCUGCUGAGGAAACGACUGGGCAGAUGGCAGUAAAUGGUCAUCAAAGUGAGGCCAUAAAUGUGAAAGAAACAGAGGAGCUGAUUGGGACAAUGCCUGAGGAAAAUGAUCCCGCAGAAAAAUCUGAUGCCGACUCGGUGCCUGGCGCAAAAGCAUUACAGCAACCAGAAGAGUCAUCUGAAAAGAAAAUCUCUGAACAGCAGCCUGUGCCAGAGAACGACCCAGAAUCUUUGGCUUUGCAAACGCCUCUGGCAGAGAGUGCCCCUGAACCAGAGCCAGCGAAAGCAGCUGAAUCUGUUCCAGAAAUAAAAGGGCAAACAUUACCUGAAUCAGCUGUGGUGCAGCCACCAGGCCCAACAGAGAAGGAGCAAGCUAAGACUGAGAAAGACGUACAAAAGAUGGAUACUGGGGCAGAAGGUGAUGCCAGUGCUAAGCCUAAGGAGAAAGAAGAAGCCAAACCAGAAGAGACUGUGGUUGAGUCAGAAAAAACAGCAGAAGCUCAAAUGGUAAUGGCCGAGGCUUCAGCAGAAGUUGAAAAUGUGAAACCUGAGUCUGAAGAGGAUGUUGUCCCUGCUGCUGGCUCCCUGUCUUUUGCCUUUUUAGAACAGGAGCAGACCAAAGAUGCCCUGCGAAUCUCUCGCACCCUCCUUGUCCUUAGAGGCCUUCCAGGGAGCGGCAAAAGCUUCUUGGCACGUGCCAUAGCUGACACCUACAAAGACCACUGCAUCGUCAUCAGCGCUGAUGACUAUGGUAUUAAACCUGAAAAACCAGAAUCGUGUGCAGAUGGUUACAAGGCUCUGGAUGAAGCCGUGGUUGCUCGCUGCACCGACGGAAACGCUUCCCCUGUGCUGGUAGUGGUAGAUGAUACCCACCACACCCAGGAUCGGCUGGCCCGCUUGGGAGAGAUCGCUGAGCAGCAAGAUCUAGUUGCCCUCUUCUUGGAGCCACAAACUGAAUGGAGGCGAGAUCUUGCACUGCUGACCAAGAAGACCAAGCGUGGCCUAGAGGAGGCCCAUCUGGCAGCCAUGAAAGGCCCACUUGAAGAAGUGUCAAUUCCUCUUUACUUUGGCUGGUUUCUCCUGUUCUCUGUCAAGAACAAGAUUAAAUGCACAUCAAUGGACUUCCUGAAAACACUGGACACCUUGGAUGCCUUCAAGAAACAUUCAGUUGACUUCACAGGAAAAGCUGAGAAGGAGGUGGACCUUGAGCAGUACUUUAAACCCGCAGGAAUCCUCCAUUGCACUACAAAAUUCUGCGACUAUGGAAAAGCUGAGGGUGCCAAAGAAUAUGCGGAAAACCAGGCUGUUAUAAAAUCCUAUGGCUCUAUCUCUGAUCUGUCACUGGGUGCCUUCUUUGUCACCCCUCGCACUUGUGGUGCCAGAGUGUCCCUCACUGACGAACAGCUUCAGCUGUGGCCAGCUGAUGCUGAAAAGCAGGCAGAGCCUGUCCCAGAGGCAGCUGCUUCACUGCCUCUGGGAAGCCGCGCCCAUAUCACUCUGGGCUGUGCAGAGGGUGUCGAGCCCGUUCAGACGGGCAUAGAUCUGCUGGAAAUCCUGGCCCAGCAGGCAAGCCAGCAGGGGGAGCUGGUUGAAGAGAUGGAGCUCGGGUCGCUGACCUAUUACGGCGAGGGAAAGUGGCUGCUCAACCUCAGAGAGCCGAUUUGUGUUCCAGCCUGCUUCUCCAGCAUGUAUGGGCGCAAGGAGCCCGAACCGACCAAAAAAGACCCUGAGAAGAAAAAGAAGCCAAAGUGUGCGAUCUUGUAAACGGCAAACAUGGGAUGUGUGGUCUAGGAUGACUGAAUUUAAACUUGGGCUUCUUCUGUGUUAGUUUGGGAUUUCACUUACAGCCAUCCUAAAUCCACAAGCUGUGUGCCUUUUUUUUUUUUUUUUUUUUUUACCGUUGAUUUGCACCACAACCCAAGAUGCCUUCAAUCCCGUUAGGCUUAACAACACUGUUCAGUAUUUUCUUUCACAGAUCAGUGCCAGAGUUGCACUUCUUGGCUAUUUGAGGUCUUGUUAGCUGCAGUUUCCCAUAGUCUAACCUCCUUCAGCUCCAGUUAUCAGUUCUUACUAGUUUUCCUCUAUACAUCAGUGUUUCUCAAUAUAUUCAGCUGUGAUAAACUAGGUACUUCCAUUGCAUGCAUUGACAUUAACACAUUACUGACCUGCUAAGAGUAGCUCUGCCACUUUAACAGAAUUUGUCUGGUGUUUCCUUUGGCGUAGUGGUAUUGUCAUUUCUGUGUUUUCGCAGCCUAGGACAUGAUAGUGACAAUAAAAUAUGGGCCAAAGUUAUGUAUUUGAAUAAGUGUAUUAGACUGAAUGUCAUUUUAGAGACCCUUCCUUGUUAAAUCUUUGCACUGUGCAUAGUUUGAAAGGGAGAAUGCUGGUGGCAUUUGUUUCUGCAGCUUGCACUUAGUACUUAUCAAAUGCUGUGAAUCCAAGUCCAUGUUUUGCAAUCUUUUGUACUGCGCGAGACUCAUUGAUCCUUUUUGAAAAGCACUUCAUGAAUUGCAUUACAACUUGUAUUCUGUGACGGUAAUUUUUUGAAGGGCAAGUUCUACUUUGUGUAGCUCUUAUGAAUCACUAUUUUUGCACUUGUUUUGUACACUUAAUAAAGAACGUGCUUUGCUCCA